GAACGAACGAAGGAACGUAGUCGAGGUCGAACUCUCGAGAAGACAUCUCUGUGAUAGAAUCAGUGCGUAGUUUACAUAUACUUUUUUAUAGGAAACAUAAGCCAUUUAAUUCCUAGGAAACAGCAAAGAUGUCGAAGUUCAUCCUCUUGGUUUUCGUAACUCUUCUUGCCAGCACACUUAUCGUAGCUACUCGCGAUAAAGCAGUCUGCGGUCGACACGGUGACCCCUGCGAAUAUGAUCGUGAGUGCUGCCAAAACAUGAGGUGCAAUGCAUAUGCGCAUAGAUGUCAAGUUAUUAUCACCUCUGAAGAACUAAUGGCGCAGAGAGAAAAGAUUUUGGGCAAGAAAGGAAAAUCUUAUUAAUCAACUUUUUAUCUCCUAAUCGUUCAAUCAUGAUUGACAGUCAAAAAGGAAAAUACUCCUUUUUUAUAUAGUUACAUAUAUAAAGACAAUUAUUGAAAUAAUAUUAAGUUACAGUAUGAUUAACAUGUAAAAUUAAAUUCUUUUUGGCAAUAAUGAAAUGGAAAUAACUAUAGGAGUGUAUAAACUGAAAAAUAAUAAAUAAAUAUUUUUGAUCUGCACAUUAAAA